AUGGCUCCAGUUGAGGUUCAACAAUUUGAUUAUAUUGUCCUGGGUGGUGGUAGUGGAGGCAGUGGCAGCGCUCGCCGCGCCGCGGGCUGGUAUGGCAAGAAAACCCUUAUUGUUGAGAGCGGACGGUCCGGUGGUACUUGCGUGAAUGUUGGAUGUGUCCCCAAAAAAAUGACCUGGAACUUUGCGACAAUCCAAGAAACCCUCGAGGCCGGCAAACACUACGGUUACGAUAUCCCCGAGAACAUCAAGGUUGACUACACCCACUUCAAGAACACCCGCGAUGCCGUCAUUAAGAACCUGAACGGCGCUUAUGAGCGCAACUGGAACCGUGAAGGCAUUGAUCUCGUCCACGGCCGCGCCCGCUUCGUCGAGCCCAAGGUCAUCGAGGUGACCCUUGCUGAAGGUGGCACUGCUCGCUACACCGCGCCGCACAUUCUGAUUGCUACCGGCGGCCGGCCCAAUCUCCCUACCGUGCCCGGCGCCGAGCACGGAAUCACCAGCGACGGCUUCUUUGAGCUGGAGGAGCUUCCCCCCAAGGUCGCUGUUGUCGGUGCUGGCUAUAUUGCCGUCGAAUUGGCUGGUGUGAUGAACGCUUCCAAUGUCGAGACCCAUAUGUUCAUCCGUGGUGAACAUUUCCUCCGCAAGUUCGACCCCAUGAUUCAGAAGACUAUGACUGAUCGGUACGAGGCCGCCGGUGUCAAGCUUCAUCGCAAGCACCCCGGCUUCAAGGAGAUCCAGCUCAUUCGUGACGGCAAGGGCAAGGACAGACUGAUCAAGUUGAUUGGCAACGACGGCUCCGAGCUUGAAGUUAAUGAACUUCUCUGGGCUGUGGGCCGCGCCCCUGAGGUUGAGGACCUGCAACUGGAUAUUCCCGGUAUCAAGCUGAACCCUAGCGGUCACGUCAUCGUUGAUGAGUACCAGAACACUACCGUUGAGGGCGUCUAUGCCCUUGGCGAUGUCACCGGCCAGGCCGAACUGACCCCAGUUGCCAUUGCCGCUGGUCGCCAACUUGGAAGCCGCCUCUUCGGCCCUCCUGAGCUCAAGACCGCCAAGCUUUCAUACGAGAACAUCCCUACCGUCGUUUUCUCCCAUCCGGAAGUCGGCUCGAUUGGUCUCACCGAGCCCGAGGCUCGCCAGCAGUACGGCGACGACAAGAUCAAGGUAUACCACACCAAGUUCACCGCCAUGUACUACAGCGUCAUGCCGGCCGAUGAAAAGGCCAAGAACCCGACUGAGAUGAAGAUCAUCUGCGCCGGUCCCCAAGAGAAGGUUGUCGGUUUGCACAUCCUUGGUCUCGGAGUCGGCGAGAUGCUCCAGGGCUUCGGUGUUGCUGUGAAGAUGGGUGCUACCAAGCAGGACUUUGAUAGCUGUGUCGCUAUUCACCCGACUAGCGCCGAAGAGCUUGUUACCAUGCGGUAG